CCCUCUCUCUACUGUAUUCAGAUCCCGUGCCUUUGUGCACCAUUAGGACUCGACCCUAAUGGCCUCGUAGCAGCCAUAACACUUAGUGCUUGUACGGGAACGGGGCAGCCCUGUUCACACACACAGAGCUCGUCUCCAAAUGCGUCCUGGACUGGCGGGUAUAGCGGUGGAGAUGCUGAGCGGUGCUACCUGCAGAGCCAGGCCGAGGCUCGGCAGCCUCUUCCUGGCCCCCGUCACCAAAACAGUAUCGCCGAUGUCAAACACGGAGAGCCACAGAUUUCGGUCCACGUCCUCGAUGCAGGGAUUUUCAGAGUUGGCAAGAGAGCGGUCGAAGACUGUCACAUCGUUUUACAACCAAUCUGCAAUCGACGUUUCCGCAGAAAAGGCCUCAGUGCGACUGACCUUAGCGACCCUGCUGUAUUCUGGAAAGUCUCCGGAUGGACACCACAUCUUGAGCAGUGCCAAGUACCUUCACAAGGAGCUGCCUGUACGAAUCGCUCAUCGCAUCAAGGGCUUCCGGAGUUUGCCCUUCAUCAUUGGAUGCAACCCCACCAUUCUGCAAGUGCAUGAACUGUAUAUCAGAGCCUACCACAUGCUGAUAGACUUUCCCCCGAUCAAAGAUCAGGACGUGGAGGCUCGUUUCUGUAAGCUGGUGCAGCAGCUGCUGGACGACCACAAAGACGUGGUCACCAUGCUCGCCCAGGGCUUCAGGGAGUGUCGCAGACACAUCCAGGAUGAGAUGAUCAUCCGCAGCUUCCUGGAUACAACACUGUGCUCUCGUCUGGGAAUCCGAAUGUUGGCCACGCACCAUCUUGCCCUGCAUGAAGAUAAUCCUGAUUUUGUCGGGAUCAUAUGCAGACGUCUGUCUCCCAAAAAGAUCAUAGAGAAGUGGGUGGACUUUGCCAGACGCCUGUGUGAGCACCAGUACGGCAACUCGCCCAGAGUGAGGAUCAACGGACACGUGGCAGCUCGCUUCCCCUUCAUCCCUCUGCCGCUGGAUUACAUCCUGCCCGAGCUCCUCAAGAACGCCAUGAGGGCCACCAUGGAAAGCCACCUGGACACCCCAUACAAUGUGCCUGAUGUGGUCGUCACCAUUGCCAAUAAUGACAUUGAUUUUGUCAUCAGGAUUUCAGACCGUGGCGGCGGCAUCCCUCACAAUAUAAUAGACAAGGUGAUGGACUACCACUUCAGCACGGCUGAGGAGAGUGCACAGGAUCCGCGCAUGAGCAACCUCUUCAACAACAUUACCAACAGCGGAAACCAGUCCAGCCCUAUGCAUGGGUUCGGCUUCGGCUUGCCCACGUCCCGGGCCUAUGCUGAGUACCUGGGCGGCUCUCUGUCCAUACAGUCUAUGCAGGGCAUUGGCACGGACGUCUACCUGCGUCUGCGCCACAUUGACGGCAAAGGAGAGAGCUUCAGAGUGUAAAGCUCCCCACCGGACAUCCUUUUAGAUCCCAACGUAGGAAUCAGGCCAUGCAGGAGUGCAGAGAGUUUUUUCCACCGAGGCUACAGCAUGGACUACAGGACUUUGGUCCGCAGAGUGAGAGCAUGCACAGUAUGUUGUCAGAAAGCUCCUAAUUUCACCAACCCACUACUUGUUUCUUUUUUUGUUUUGUUUUGUUUUGCCUUAGACUGAUUAUAAGCUAUGUUAGCUGUCAAGUUGAUGAUUUCUGUUGUUUUCCUAUGUGUUUUGUAUACUGUGGCUUGUCUUCUUGAAGUUUUGAGGGGGGUGUAUGAACUCAUGAAUGUUUAGCUUAAUAGGACAAACUGUGCAUGAUAGAGGACAUUGAUAUUAAUGAGAGAGAAAAAAAAAAACGAGCUUCAGUUUUAAAGAGGUUCCCUUUGAAGUUACUUAUUGCUUAGCCUCAGAAUAGGAGCAGACAUUUUGAUGGAUAAACGUAAAAAAAAAAAAAAAAAAAAGAAUCUUCUGAGACACUCCAGCAACGAUGUCAGAAUCUCCUCAAGGUGCACGGAGCUGCUCACAUGUUCCAUGACGAUCAGUACAACCAUAGUUUGAAUGAAUAGAUCCUACCAGUAUGUUUUCAGCUGUUUGUUUCAAAAUCUUAACGUGUACAAGGGACGAUUGCGCAAGCUGGCAGUGAUACACAGGUUUCACUUCAGCGUCCUCAUAUUAAAGACGAUGUGUUUGCCAGCAUGUGCUGUAAACCUCAGCCCUUUUACAAUAUUCUACAAAACCUUCUCUGAGCUCAGCUGCGGCUGAUGAAUACAGAAGUAACUGCCAAAACACCGAAUGCUCAUUAACGGUAACACACUUGUUUUUCUUGUUCUGUUUUGAGAACACACAACGAGAUGAACAUCUUUGUUCAGCAGUAUAUGUGCGGAGCUUUCAGGCAGGGGAAGCCAAACCCGAGAUGCUCAGUUGCCUUACUGUGUGACGCUUCAACUGCAUGCCAACUUUUUACAAUACUCAUGUUUUUCUUUUCGUUGCCUUCAUCGGUUCACCCACCAUGUCAGUCAUUUUCAUUAGUUUUGAGUUUUAUUUUUUUUUUGCACAAUGAGUAAAUUUCCUGUUGUACUGCUCAGCAUUUGCACCGAUCAUAGCAGUUUUUGACUUUAUUGUAUCAACUUUCAGAGUAACAAUAUACCAGAGAAGUAUUAUGUAUUGUCUUCUUUUUUCUCUGUUUUAUCUGACUUUAGAUUAUGUUCAGAAAGUGUCGGUCAUAUUUCAAGACAGGGUUUCUGCACUGUUAUCCAUGGGAGCUAAGGUUGCUAAUAAUUUUUCAGGUCCAUUAUCUCCACUACUUGAUUAUCUUAAGACAACAAACCGCUACAUCUAAUGUUUUUUCAUAUUUUAUUUGGGGAUUUUUGGACCUUUUUUCUCCCUGUUUAGAAAUGUCCAGGUCCCUGACAAGUUAUCUUCUCAAGUUAUCAUCAGUAUUCACAUCAACCUGAACCAGGCUGUACGAGGUGUUGUCUGACCCCAUCUAAAGGCUAAAGGGCUUAUACAUGUUUCAAAUGGCCACACUUGAAGAAAGUGCCUCCCACUGCCUCUCCCAUCUCCUUCUCCAAGGAUUCUGUCUUUUGUGUGUCUUAAUGCAAUUCAUCUUACAAACAGGGGCACACACUUAAUUUCCUCGAAGGCAUUUGUGGUGUUGCACUUGGCUGCACCCAUUAAAAGUGAUGAACAGCUCAAGUUGUGAUCUCACCGAAAAUUAUUAGCAACCCUGGCCACUGUGAGUUUCCGGUUCGAGUUAAAUGAAUCAAAUAACACUGCAGGAAGCCAAGUCAUGUGGGUUAGAAAUUUUGCCCUUAUACAACAGAUAAUCACCUCAAGCACUCCUCACAUUUUGUUGAACAUUCCCCCAUUGGCACCAACAGAUCAACCUGAAUACUACAUUUGCGCUUCAGUUUUAUCUCUUUUGGGAGCAGAUGUUAUUAUAUUACCUUAUACUGUUAUCUUUUUAUCUGAAAGAUCAUCGGAAAUCUGGAGCUUUUAUUAACAGGAUAGGAAAUCUAUGAAGUUUUAAACCAUCAGCAUUCAAAGCAUUAGCAUUCAAAGCAGUUCUUUUGUACAGGUUUUCAUUUUUGAGAAACACUCAGGCUGUUGAUUAUUGGUUAUAUCAUUGGCCUGGAGUGGUUCAUUUUUACUCUAAAGUUAUGUCUUAAAAGCUUUAGAAUCACAUACAUCGUAUAGACUAAAUAGUGAAAAAAUGAGACUGUUUUAGAAAACAAAGAAUAAUAUAAGAUUCUGAAACAUUUUAUAUCUUACAAAUUAAGUAAUAGGUUCUUUUGAAUUUGCACUUAAAAUGUCUCUUGUGCGUUUUUUUUUUUUCCUCAUUUUUUUUCAGUUUACAUUCAAAAUGUUCCUUGAGUUAAAAUGAGAUUCUACCUUGGGAGACACUGUGAAAACAUAAGUGAACCAGUUAUUUCGGUUGUAAAAUAUCAAAACAUAAUCUGGUUUAAUCUGUGAGAGGCUCGUAUUUAUUUAGCCAUUUUAUGAAAAUCAAAAUAGCCCUGUAUAAUUCACAGUUCCUGAAUGACGGAGAACGGCCUGGAUUAUCUGUACCUGUGUUCUUGCCGAGGCCGUGUAUAUGAAUUAAUGUGUUUUAUUGUGGCUUUGAAGGUUGUGAAGAUGUAGUAUAUAUGUAGCUAAUGCAUGUGAGGGAGCAGGGGAGGGAGAGGUUAACACCACAUAGCUGCCAGAUGCUGGUAAACAUGGUUUAAGGUUUUUGUGCUUUUUGAGGAACAUAAACAGAUUAUCAGCAUCAUUCUGAGAUUUUUUUUUUUUUCUAUUCCAAAAUGUUGCUGGUAAAAUGUUGAAGGUGGAUUGUACAUUUUUAAUUUGGCAACCAGGCGGUGACUUGUAUGAAGCAUAACAUGUGCACUGUCUGCCCUCUGCUGGAUUAAAAGGAGAAGUGCAGGUGGACUGAAAAAAUAUUCUUUGGGAAAAUAUUAAGAGAUUUGUUUUAGUUUUUGAAGGGGGUAGAGGACAUGUAACAUAUUAAACUUUAUUUCUAUUUUCCAGCUUUCAUUUUUGUAAUUUCAACAAAAAAAAAAUCAUUUCAUCACCUCUAGUUCAAAGCCAAAUAUUGGAGUGAUGUUACUGACAAGAUGUGCUGCCAUGGAGUGUUUUGUCUCUUAGACUGAAAGUAGCUUCUCCCACAUGUUUUCUGUUAUGUUGACAACUCUUUAGACAUUAAAUUUUAUUUGGUAGGAAGUCUGAGUGAUCUUCUCUUUUUUAUUUUAAACCUUUGUGAUCAGUUGAAUUUUCUCCAGACACCAACUCAGGAGAUUUUACAAGAAUAAAGAAAUGAUUGAACCGUU